AUGAUCACCAAUCUUCCUACGGAUUUGAUGGAGGAUAUUUUGUCUAGGAUUCCUUUAAAAUCUAUGAGAGCAGUGGGAUUAACUUGCACAAAGUGGAACACUCUAUCGAAAAGCGAGAUCCUUACAAAGAUGCACAUUGGUAAAGCAUUCGCUCCAGCUAAGGAAGAUGAAUAUGAGGCUCGGAUAAUCGCGAAGACGGAAGGAAAUCUUUAUUUGAUGAGGAUAUUGUUAUGCAUCCCCGAAGACGAUGCUACUAGGGUUGUGGUUUGGAAUCCAUAUUUGGGACAAACAAGGUGGAUCAAACUCAAAGGUCCUCACGUGUUACCCCAUCGGGAGCGGUUCUGUUCCGGUUGGAAAGAGUACCGUUACGGUAUCGGAUACGAGGACAAGGGAUCUGGUCGUAAAUACAAAAUACUGAGGUUUAUAGAUGUUUUCUUAUUUGAAGAACGGGACGAGUAUUUUAGGUAUGAAAUAUACGAUUUCGAGACUGGUUUCUGGAAGAAUCUUUAUAUCACUGAUCCAUACUGGCGUAUAACAUCUGGCUGUGGCGUUUCUCUCAAAGGAAACAGUUACUGGUGUGCUAUAGAAAGGGACGCACGGGAUUAUGGUAGGUGGGAAACGGACCACAUAAUUUGUUUUGAUUAUACAAAAAUGAGAUUUGGGCCUCUUCUGCCUCUGCCGAGGUAUGUAUUUGAGGGUGGCCGUGCGACUUUAUCUUGUCUUAGAGAAAAGAAGCUCGUGGUUUGGUUCCAGGAACCUUUUCCAUAUAAUUUAUCGUAUUAUAUCACGACUAGGCUAGAGGCCGAGAAGGUGUCGUGGAGCGAGUUCACCUUUUCGUCAUAUGAUGAGUAUUCAAUCCUUGAUGACAUUCACAUUCGGCUUUCAUCUGGGGGUUUCGAAGAAGAGAAGAAAGUCCCCAUGUUUUCAGGUCCACGGUUAAACUGCCACUUAAGUCACUACAUUGGAGGGGAUGGAUACGGCGUUGAUUAUAUAGAACGUGAGCUACCCGAGGAUACGAUUUGGCGAGAUUGUGUAUGCUUUUAUGUUCCAAGUUUAGUGCAAAUCAAGCAACCUAAAAUCUCAUAUCCAAGAUCUGUUCAACCAGAACAAGCUCGGUCCACCUCAUUCUUGUCCACCAAUAGCUUUGCCUCUCUAGCUUCAACGGAUGAUGAGGAUUGA